CGGGGCAACCACAUAUUGCCAGGGAGCAUCAGUCGCAGCGCAGAGCCGAAAUUCACAUUGCUCCCAAACCGGCCAGCUUGCGCUGCAUCAAACUAAGCGCUAACGCGCGCUCCCGAAAUUGCGGCGACGGUCUUCUUCCCUUCCUCGGGCAUUGCAACCGCCUGAGGAAGAGGACGAGGAUGCUCACAGCAGUCGCAGUGGCUGGCACGACUCCGCCGACGCAAAUUCUUCGCAUAAACUUACACAGGACCUCCCCGCCGCAGGUCGCGGAAAGACGCCGAAGUAGACUUUAGGUAGCAGGCGUCGCAGGUCGCCGCUCGUAGUGGACUUUAAGCAGCAGGGGAGGCCGCACGAACCCCACAGCCAAGAUGGCGGACGCGCCACCAAUCACGAUGCGCAUGCAGGCCUGGGUCUACUUCGUGACCUGGAUCCAGUACGCCGCGAAUCACAUCACGCGGAAGUGUUAUACUAAUGUGAAGAACGUCAUGAUCAAGUUAGGGCUCUCAAAAAUGGUCCUGGGGCGCAUGGACGCGGGCUUCAUGUUCACGUAUGCGUUUGGCGCGCCGCUCGCCGGCCAGCUCGGCGACAUGUAUGAUCCGAGCAUGGUGCUAGGCGUCGGACUCUACGGCUCCGCCGCGUGCAUCUUCAUGCUCAUUUUUGGGAUGUGGAACCACCUGGGGGAAGCGGGACCGUUCAUCGCGAACACGUACUUCCUGGGCGUCUACCUCGUGUUCGGCUUCUUCCAGGCGAUCGGAGGCCCCGUCGGCACGGCUAUCAUGGGCAACUGGAUGGUCACGCCGGAGGCCCGGAGGAACCGCGGUCUGAUCUACGGGACCUGGACGACGCACCAGUACCUCGGGAACAUCAUCGCCCCAGUGAUUAUCGUGUUGUGCAACAUUUCGCAUGCCAAGUGGUGGUGGGGCCUCAUGUGGCCCGUCUUCAUCAACGCGGGCUGGGGCUUGGUGUGCCAUUUCGCCUUGCCCGCUACUCCGGAGGCGCAUGCGCGGAAAGAGGCCGCGGAAAAAGCCGCCCUCACUGGUACUACUCUCAAUACAGUGCCCGAGGAGCCCGCCAAGCGCGGCAUCACGAUCAAGGAGGCCCUGCAGAUCCCGUCGGUGGCGGGCUACUGCGUCGCCUUCGGGUUCAUGAAGACGAUCAACUACGUGUUGUUCUUCUGGCUGCCCCUCUUCCUGCAGACGCACUUCGAGCCGGACACGGCGAACAUGAUUAGUACGUUGUACGACUUCGGGAUGAUGCCGGGCGGGAUCAUUGUUGGUGUGGUUUCUGAUGCCAUGGGUGGUAGAAGAGGCUGCGUCAUCGUCGUAUUUUUAUUAAUACUAUGCCCGUUAUUGAUGAUCAUGGCGCUGUUCGCGGACACGCUGAACACCUUCACGUUGAUGGUCAUGCUGGCCUGCAUGGGUAUCCUCAUUGGCGGGCCGAACAACAUCGUGACGUCAGCUGUGGCCGCUGAUCUCGCGGAGCACCCGUCCAUCAGAGGGUCGAAGUCGGCCCUGGGUACCGUCGUCGGUUUGAUUAACGGCUCGGGGUCGUUUGUCGCGGCCAUGGGCCAGAUGGCCGUCCCGGUCAUCACGGACGCGUUGGGCUGGAGCGCGCUCUGGUACUUCAUGCUCUGCUCGACGGUCAUCUCGUGCCUGCUGAUGAUCCCGAAGAUCAAGCAGGAGCUGGCCGGCGAGGAGGCCGCGCCGGCGCCGCCCAAGUCGUCGGGCGGCUACGCGACGAUCAGCACGGCCGAGCAGAAGGCCUAGACCUAUCCCUAUCCCCUCCCUCCCCCUUAACCACAUAGUAUCGAUA